UACUGUGCGUGAAACUUCUGCUUUCUCAGUGUGCGCUCAACAUCUCACAGUCACGAAAGUGUCGGCUCCGUUCGCGCGUGAUUGAGUACUGUUUCGGAGUACAGCUUCCGCUAGCGGCCGCUAAGGACACCGUUCUAGCAGGUGAUUGCGACGAGGAUCACAGUCAGGAGCAGUAGCGACGACAAUUCUCUAUUCAGUCUUUAUAUUUGCAACGAGGUAAUUGAAGUUAGUGUUUAAAGGUAUUGAUUUACUUCCGAUAUAAACAUGGCCAUGGCACGUUCGUCAAAGACAGCAGUCAACGAGGCACCGCAAGAAAGUUAUAUUUGGGUGGAACUGAGAUACCUAAGCUCAGUAGUGUUGCAAAGCAGAUUGGGCCAGUCAGUGCUGAAACUCAUGAACAAUUUCCUGUGGGUUGUGGAGAAGUGUGCGGAAUGGAGUCUACCUAGACAGGAAUUCAGCGGAGAUCAGGCGACCCGGAAAGACUCGGGAAAACCGGAACUCGUGAGACCAUUGCCAUGGCUCUUGUUCUUACCGAGCUUAGUGUUGCUGCGUGUGAUCAGAGUGACUGCGAAUAUAGGUGGUGUAAUAUUGGGUUACCCUAAAAUCACACCGAGUGGAAUGGUAAAAUUCGUGCAGAUAUGUCGCAGGCAUCUGGACGCCGUAAUCAACAAAGAGAAGUACGAGGUCAAGGACAAGAGACCGUCGAUCAACGAGGCCAAGAAGGCUCUGAUCAGGUCCAUUCGUUUGACUUUGUCGAGCUUAUCCUGCUUGGAUGCAUCCAAAUCUUCCAUGUCGCCACCGCCCACCAAAAUUCACGUUAGUAGCAUCCUCGAUCCCGACCCAGUAACGACGACAUCGGAAGAAAAAUCAGUGAUGGAAUCGAUGGACUCUCCGGCGAAAGUAAAAGACUCAACGAGCGAAUCGGAGGAAGAGGAGACGGAAACUCUGAUAGAGAAGAUCGAUCGACUCGCUUUGGAGUGUAGCGAAGACGACGAGGAUUACAAUCCGGUCGACCGUAGCUCUGGUUGCCUUUCGAACGACGCGAACAGCGACGAGGACGAGAACAGCGACGAGAACAGCGACGAGAACAGCGACGAAAACAGCGACGACAGCAUCGUGUCCCAGACUGAGGUUCGCGACAUCCUUCAAGACACUAUAUCGCUCAACAAGACCGUGAAAAACUAUACCAAGCCGUUUCUAAAUGUCGAGCAGGCUGCGGCAGUAGCUCAAACCUGCUAUCACCAGAAAGACAACGAGGCAGAAGUUUAUGGGAAGAAAUCGUCGGCCAAGGUAGAAGAUCACCUCACGGUUUCGCAACGUAUCGACUCGCCAGAGUGUUAUACGCCCGACAGAUCCAGUCAGGAAGGCGAUCCGACCUUUUACUCGCCGAUCAGCUCGGACAACGACGCACCGAAGGAAUUCUCGGUGUCAUCAGUGUCGAUCGCCGAACAACGUGCCACAAGAAAGAUCUUAAAGACAACCGAGUUUAUCAAUGGCGAAGUACGUUUCAUCUCAGCAUCAACGAUUUCAGAAUCAAAAUCACCCGGGGGGCCUAACAACGGUGCAGUCGUGCAGAAGCGCAGUACAAACAUGAGUAAAUGUCACAAGGGUAAGCGCACGAGUCACGGUAACCGUAAAAAAAAGUAGUUAAUUAGCAACAGCAAAACAAAAAAGAGCUAAAGAAAAAGAGGUGGGCAGGGAAGGAAUGAAAGCUUCCCUUCGAAACGAGAGAUCAUUAUCGGUGAUACAAUAUCGUGCCGUAUCGAACGUCAUUGACAGUUACGCAAUUGUCGAAGAUUAAAUGAUUUCGAACGAAAGAUAUCUGUGUCCGUUUAGUCGCCAAGAUAUAACAAAGAUAUCAGGCUAUCAAGACACAUAUCUAAAUAAAAAUCGAGAUUCCGUCGCCAUCGCUUGUCAAUCAUUACUCUAAAAAAUUAUUUGACGAAUUAAGACGUUUGCGGACGUCUCGUCGAAUCUUAAACGUUAGCGUCUCUCUGGGAGGUUUCGUCUGAACUGUAACUGUCCAAAGUAUGACUGGUCCAAAGUACGUCGUCAGUAUCGUGUUUACUCGAGCGCAAUUGUGCUUCUUUCUAUAAUAAUGCAAUUAUAGUUUGCACGAUGCGAUAGAAGAAAAAGAAAUACGUAACGCUAUUCCUGAACGCUCUAAGAAUAAAUCCACGUGUUCACUUGAAAACGACAUAUCGUCGGAUAUAAUUAAAGACGACACAAGAUUAAUUGGACGUUGAUUCUGAUGACGUAACUUUAAAGUGUGCUUAGGGUGAUUCCCCAUUUGGACGGCCAAUCUUUUUCCUGAAUCUGCUUCAGCGAUAAGUUACUAUAGCCGUUGAAAACUUUGUAGGCAAGCGGAUGUAACUGCAACUAAAUCACGGCGCUGCGUUCAAAGUACGCAGACAUUAUCGUAUUUAGACGAAACAUGGUAUCUGUCCCCGACAAUUACGUAAUUGUGAUCAUAAAUUGUAUGUAUGAAUGUUCUUUCUUCGAUAUAGUAGCGCAAAAAACGCAGCGCGUGCAAAAAUAUGGCUAAAGUUUGCGUGUUAUCUCCAAAAAAAACGUUGUUGAACCAAUUCUUUUUGGAUAUAUUCAUUUAUAUGUAUAAUAACAUCUGUAGCGACGAUUAUCUUAUAAUUCAGGGACGGUAGAUAUUAGCUUCGAUUUGUAUUGACGCGCAUAUUUGUAUAAUCUUGUAUAAUAUGCAAACUUUAGAUCUCUUCUUUAGUCUAGUAAAAGAAAGACUAUACGUUAAGAUAGAUGUAGGACUUUGUACUACUUUCAAAAUCUAUUUUGUUGCGCAAAGCAAAAUAAGAAAAGUACUUUUACACGCUAAUUAAAAUGCGUUAACAUUUAAUCGUUUUAAUUUAGCCUCUUAUUUAAGUUAGAAUUACGAGUGUAUAUUUUUUUGGCGAUAUAAUAUAAAUAUUUAGCGCCAUCGUCCACAUUCCUUUUUAAAACGAUCCCAUUUCUCAAUCGAUGAUGAUCGCGUAUGGAAGCAAAAUAAUUACUAUUACAUAUUCAUUUCCUAUCAGUCAUUUCCCAAUUUCGCGUCCGUAAUUUUUAUUUAUUUUUAUUCCGAUCAUCAAAAUGCAAAGUAUGCGCGAAGAUCGGCAGCGGUGUAAUUUAUGAUUUUUAUACCUUUUAUUGAUAUGCUAUGACAAAUUGUAAUUAUUUUCUUCCUUCCUCGUAAAUGUAUAAUAAUAUUUAACAAAAAUCGUAUAGUGUUAUUACUAAAUGUAGACACUAUUGAUCUUACGAUAAUAAAUUAUUUAUCCGAUA